AUGGCAGAGUACAAUGGUAAAUCGUGCCGUGUUCAGUUUUACAUAUAUAUUGUUAACAUGUAUUUUGUUCAAUACAUUUCAAUAUGUUCAAUGAUGACACACACUGAAUAAAGAUCAUUCAUUGUCAUACCAUCUGUUGAAUCUGCCAGAUAACUGUUCAGAUGAGGGUUGGAUUAAACCCAGACGUCAGGCACCUAACAGUCCGGAGUGGCUCCCAGGCUCACAGCAGCAUGUGUUUGUGAGUAGAGGGGAGAGUGGCUAUCUGCAGCCCGUGAUCUCUCUGAGCUGGAGUCUACAAGUUAAUGGUAAUGUACACAUUAUUAAUGUUUAAUGGUAAUGUCUUAUUAUUUGAUCAUCAAGUAAAACUAGAUGCUUGCUUCUGCAGUUGUGCCCUUGAGCAAGGCAUUUAAUCCCUAAUCUGCUCCUGGUGCGCUGCACUGCAUUGUGGCAUACCCUGUGCUCUAACCGCUCCAACGAUAAAGUAAUCAUCUUCUUCUUCCUUGAUCUAAUCCACAGGAGGUGUAGUCGCCAUCCGUGGGACCGAGGUGCACGUCAUUGAAGAGGCCAGUAAUCAAAGCAUAUGUGUCCGAUACAUCUUCCAUAACAAAAUCAAAAACAUGAUGACCAACUGGAACCCGGUAAGACAAUGAUACUGAUCUGAAUCUAAGUGAUGGAGGUUUGCUAAAAGGUGGAAAUGAAUGAUCAGAUAUGAAAAUAACCUUCUGCUUUGUUAGACUGAUCUCUGUCUACUUUACUUUCUUUUAGUGGACAUUUUCCUUAGACAGAAUUGUGGUGGACCCUGAACACAGGUAUUCUGUUUCUGUCUACAAUUUACCAAAACCAGACCUGGGGAAUUACAGACUUGACAAAAUCAUUACAAUCCCAGGUGAGGCAGACAUGGAAGUCGAUGGAAAAGUGCUUAGGUUAAACUUCUGAAUGUGCAUUGCAUUAAAAUGUAUACCUGUAUGUUAUCGUGAUCAGGAUGCAAGGAUCCAAGAAUAAAAGAAGCCAAAGUGUGUUUGGAAAACGGUAAGGCUCACAAUUAAAGUCAGGUAAUAGUUAAUACAGAAAGUAAUCAAGGGCUUGGAUAUAUCUACAACAACACUGAGUAUGUUGCAUCAUUCCAGGCAGUCUUUGGGACCCCCAGCUGUCCUGGACUGUGCCAGUGGAUGGAGGAGAGAGACUGAUCAUCACAGUGGGUUUUAAAACAUCGGAGUUCUCUGAGGAGUACCAGAUAUCCAUCCAGAACACUCAACACUCACAGCAUGUCAUGAGGGUAGGUAUCUGUAGUCAACAAAACUCAAUGAUGAAACAUUGUGAAUUGAUUACUGUGUUACUGGAACUUAAUACUGUUACUAUGUCAUGAUGGCCGGUGUAGGCCGUCAUUGUAAAUAAUAAUUUGUUCUUAACUGACUUGCCUAGUUAAAUAAAGGUAAACAUUUUUUUAUUUUUUUAUGAUGUCUUACCUUCAAUUCACAUGUUUCAGGAGAAUAGAACAUCAUUGAAUAUGACUUUUGAACUGGAUGUAUGGCAGCUGCCUCCAUGUGAAAUGCUCAUUGUGGUAAGUUUCAUGAAGACCAUUACAUUUCCUAUAGCAACAUUUAUUUUCUAUUUCACUGACUGAACUAACCACAAACAUACUUUUUUCUCAAAAGAUUCAGCCAUUUUUCAUACGGUGCAAGAGCAACUGUUUGCAUCACCAGACAAAGGUUAACUACUGCUCCUGUGAGUCAAAUGUAUUUGCCAUCUAAAUGACUUAUUUUGUUCAAAGGUCAGCUCAUUGAUUUUCACUUUUAUCUUCGUCUGAUAAAUCUAUUGCAUUGUUUUUUCCCAAGACUAUCAAAGGCCGCCCACUUACAGCCGAUCUUUGAUGAUAAAAGCAUUACUGGGGCUGACCAUUGCUAGUGGUUUCCUGGCUUAUUUGCUGCAAAAAACAUCCCAUACAGGUUUGUUGGUUAAUAGAUUAACCUUUCACUAAAUAAAAACAAAAUAGUAAACUACAUGCCUCAACUGGUCAAAUAUCGUUCAUAUUUCUGCGCACUUGCGUAGUAUCACUCUAUUCCAUUUCUUCGUCUCCUUCCUAGAUCCAGGAAACCAGCUCCUGACCACUCCCAGAAGUGAACUGGAGGGUGUCCAAGCACAAGAGAAAAGGAGGAAAGUCUUCAUCGUCUACUCUCUGGACCAUCCUCUGUACAUAGAGAUCAUCCUGAAGCUCUGUGCUUUCCUCAUGGUUAAGUGUGGCACAGAGGUGAGAACGAGCACCACAAUGGACAUUUUGUCUGUUGACAUUAUUGUGUUUUUAAUCCUCUAUGAUUUUUUUGAUUUUUUAUGUAUGUAUGGAUUGUUGCUCGGGUAACUCUAUGGGGCGGUUCUAGCCUGGUCCUGGAUUUAAAAUCCUACUCAAUAAUGAAUCUCCAUUGAAAUAGCGUAAUGAAAUACUGUAGGAUUAAUCUGUGUCAGGGAAACCAGCCCUAUAUGUAUUUUCAAUUUGUCAAAUAAAGUUAAUUAAUUGACUCAUUUAGGUGGUGCUGGACUUGCUGGACUCUGCCCGGCUGGGAGUUGUGGGUAGUGUCCAGUGGCUGGACUGGCAGAGGGAACAGAUUGUUAAGUCCUCAGACAAGAUCCUAAUCCUGUGUUCGCGGGGGGUAAGGGCCAAAUGGAGAGCAAUGUGUGAUGGUGCCAAAACCCAGGUGACCCUGAGAGAGGAUGUACGUUCCCCCAUGGGGGACAUGCUCACCCCUGCACUCAGCCUCCUGGUGCCCAGCUUCGUGAGAUCUGGGACGUUCCAGAACUACAUGGUGGCUUACUUUGAGGACGUGUGUUCCGAGGAGGAUGUUCCGUCUCCGUUUAACAUCACAGUGAGGUACUGUCAUAGGGAAGGAGUGAGUGAGGGAGGGAGGGAGGGAGGGAGGGAGGGAGGGAAGGAAGGAAGGAAGGAUACCUGCCAUGGCUCAUUCCUAUUCCCCUUUACAGGUACAAACUGAUGAAGCAUUUUGAGGAGCUCCUCUUCAGGCUCCUGGAUAAAGAGAAACAUGAGCCAGGGAGGGUGAAUCGCAUUGAAGGCAUCACAGAGGACGAGUAUUUUCACUGUCCCUCAGGGAAAGCGUUGCGGGGCGCAGUGGAGGCUUUCCAUGCCUAUCAGCUGGAGCAUCCAAACUGGUUUGAGGAUGAACUAGUAAAGGACACAGAUGCGGACGUGGAAGAGGAGGAGCCUACCCUGGAGCAUCAUGCUAUAGGACAACCAACUGAGAGCCCCAUCACCAUCAGACAGAGUGUGCCAUCAUCACCAUCAGACAGUGUGUGCCAGAGUGCAAAGAAGAUGGACCUCCCACUCUCAUCAAUGAUGUGA